AUGUCUGAUGAAGGGUACAACAUUACAGAAGACAGAAGCUGCACAAUAACAACUCCAUUUGGCAGGACGAUAACUUGGACCCCAAGACCUCAUACUCUCUUCCCACGGCUGCCUGCAGCACCCACACCGCCCAACAGUCCAGUUGAGGAGCGGAGUCCUGAACAGUGGUCCAACGGCUUCUAUGGUUAUUCCGGAGUUGUAGUUGGGAAGGCAGAGGAAAGUGGCGCCACCAGAUCAGGAAGAAAAGGAAGCAAAGCAAAACGAAUCUUGGAAAAAGUUAGGACAUUGAAGUCGAAGUUCACGACUCGGCUACGUAUGCAUCCCGAUCGUCCUUAUUUUGGCGAGCGAGGGGAUUCAUUAAAUUACACAACACAAAACUUCGCUUUUACAACAUCAUCGAGCAACAUUGCUACGCUGACCAGAAGAUCGAAGAGCGGAAUGAUGAACAGGAUGCGCGAAUACUGGCAGCCUGUUAAUAGAUCAAUUCCGAAAGAAAACGCGUCCAAAACGGCCAAGAGGGAAAGGCCGUGGAGAAGAUUCACGCAAUGGAAUAGCGCCACUUCCGACACUGAGUCAAACCUUACUGAAGACUGCACAUACAAACAAAUCUUGAACAAUCCUCUUACUUCUAACAAACCCAUCAUGAUACAAAGAGCCCGCUCCGACAACUCCGACACCGGUGGUAGCAUGACUUGCCAGCCUCCAAGCGCGUUGGAUUGCGCGUAUACCACAAGAUCUAGACAUUACGAACAACAAGCGGAAGAAAUGAUCGCAGCAUCGCUUUCAACCGCUGAUGAAUUUCCUGAAGAGAAAGACUCAAAAGCGAAAUGCAACCACAAAGGAUGGAGACUCUGCUGUUUACGCAAAAGAGACAAAACCCCCGCGGAAGAGCAAGAGCAAGACCCAUCUGGUCAAGGCGCAGGAAACACAGCCAUACCUGAAGACGCGGAAUAUCUGACUACGUAUUCCGAUUCUGGGUCAAUCGUGAAUAUUGCGCUCGAGAGCCCUAUAAUCGACGACAGUCUAAUGAUCCGCAAGACAUAUGACCUUCGCACAUUGGACUAUUCACUUUCGGAGGGACAGUAUGGACAACACAAAACCAAGCAGAACAGCAAUCUUCGGGUUCCUCGUCUUGCGGCAAGACAACGACAAGUCUCAUCUGACGAAUCCGACGAAUCCGACAAACCUGAAUUGUCUCCCCACUUCGACGAUCAAGAUCUUGCAAUGGACGAUGAGAUCAGCGAUUUGGACCUGGACCUGUCUGAUCCCUCUGUUCCUGUCCACCAGCCAUUGGAUCGCAAAGCACUCGCUGCUCGUCUUGGGUCCUUGCCAAAGCUGAGAAUUCCCACGUCUCCGCAAAGCGCGAACACCCUCAUUCAGCGACAAUCGAGAGAUAUGGAAGAGAUCUCUGAGAAAGUAUCAAGCUUGGAUAUCGAUGAGCCAGCCAUUGAAAGCGUGUACCAUGACGCGGAGGAGGAGAGGACAGUGGAGGACAACAAGUUGAAGGCGGACCUCAAGGAGGCUAUUGGAACACCUUUGCUUGACCGAGUCGCUAGAGAAGGCUCACAACCACAGGCCCUCCGAAACCUUCUAGAGAAUCCAGCCACUGAGGCUAUUGACGGAUCGUAUGUCGAAGUAUCGCCAGACACGUACCUCAGUUCCAGCCCCGUAUACCUUUGCGUCGCACACCCAUCUCUCGACGACUUUGUCGAUGAGUUCCGCCCAACUAGCCCCAGAAUUGGAAAUUAUCCAGCCCUCGACAGCUCGGCUACUUCCAUCGACUUUGGCUUUCACCCAACAAUUGAGACGAUGCCUGAUUCUUGGAGCGAAGAAUCUGAAUCUGCCAUGGAAUUCCCAUCCGAGACCACUCAUAGCCAAGAGGGUAGGACCUGGAGAGACUUUUCAGCUGCAGAUCUACCCAUGGGAAGAGUCGACGAGCAAUCGUCGAGAUUUGCUAGGGUUAGGGAGGCUCAAGAGUCUUGCAGACCUUCUUCUUUGGCAAAUGGUCGACGCUCUGAUGAUUCGAUUAGCUCGGUGGAGGCUCACUGA